UACGCUGGGACAUAAACAAAGGCUGGACGUCUCGCUGCAAUAAACUCUCGUCUCUUCUCCUCCUAUAUGCGAACAAUACCAAACACUUGGGGCGUGAGUUAUUUCCGGAGACAUGGAAAACGCAUUAUUGAUGCGAGUGAGUGUGUACACCGACCAAGGAGGGAGGAGAUACAUGGAAGAUGUGACCGAGAUCAUAGUGGAGCCCGAGCCGGGGGAAGAUGAGCCGACGUCGAGGGAGUCGGAGGAGAGCGGCGGGCGAGACUGUGCGGUCCCCUCCCAGCCGGAGGUCGGACAUCCACGCCGGGCUGGAGAACCCCCAGAGUCCCCGCAGGCUUUACAGGAAACCCCCGAACCCGAACGGACGGAGGAACCAGCGGACAUAUGUUCAUCGAGCACCCCGCCGGCUCAGCCCGGUCGCUCCCGCCGCUCCGUGGCGUUCUUCGCCGUGUUUGACGGUCACGGCGGUCGUGAGGCUGCGCAGUUUGCACGGGACUAUUUGUGGGAGUUCAUGAAGAAGCAGCGGGGCUUCUGGUCCGACUGUGACCGGGAGGUGUCGUCUGCUAUACGCAAGGGGUUUGUUGCCUGUCACCACGCUAUGUGGAAGAAGCUGCCUGAAUGGCCAAAGACACUCACAGGCCUUCCUAGCACAUCAGGCACCACAGCCAGCGUAGUGGUUAUCCGAGGAAAUCGCAUGUAUGUGGCUCAUGUUGGGGAUUCGGCAGUGGUUCUAGGGAUCCAGGAUGACCCCUCACUUCCAUUCAUCAGAGCUGUGGAAGUGACACAAGACCACAAACCCGAGCUGCCCAGAGAGAGGGAGCGUAUUGAAGGUCUGGGAGGAAGUGUGAUCAAGAAAUCAGGUGUGAACCGGGUCGUCUGGAAGAGGCCACGGCUAAGUCACAAUGGCCCAGUCCGUCGUAGCACGGUCAUUGACCAGAUACCAUUCUUGGCAGUAGCCCGAGCUCUAGGUGAUUUGUGGAGCUAUGACUUCUACAGCGGGGAGUUUGUGGUUUCUCCGGAGCCAGACACUAGUGUGGUGACUCUCGACCCCAGAAAACACCGCUACAUCAUCCUAGGCAGUGAUGGUCUGUGGAACAUGGUGCCACCUCAAGAGGCCGUCUCCAUGUGUCAGAACAACAAUGAUGAGAUGGCACCGUGUGGGGUAUCAAGUGCCCGGCAGCUUGUUAGCCAUGCUCUUCUGCGAUGGCGCCAGAGGAUGUUGCGCGCUGAUAACACCAGUGCCAUUGUAAUCGACCUGCAGGAGCCUGGCACGUCCCAGGACACCCUGCACCUUGAGGAGGUGCUUCUCGACCUAGCCAAGGUGUCCCAGUGUCCUCCCACCUCCGUAUCUCGGGCUGACACCCCUCUUCUUCAGCGGCCUCCAGAGGAAGACUCUCCUGCUACAUGUGAGCUCCUCCCUGCCCUGGAGCGACAGGAUGGCCUAUCAGGAAAUGGAAGCCUGUACCACGUGAAUCUGUCUGACCCGUUUACUCUGACUCCACUGUGUCCAAACAGUAGUACAGACCUGCCUGGUCAGUCGUGUCCCACUGACAGGACAGCUGGCAGCUGGAAACCCAGCAGCAAAAGAACUAAUGAUGGAUCAUCAACAGGCCUUUCAGCAAAGAGAGUACGGCGCAGGACUGCCGUCAGGCAUCCCAAGGUCCGACACGACACAGGAAAGAAACAAAAAGAGUCCAAUAAUGUCUCUCCCAUUCUCAAACAGCAUAACAAGACCACUGUGUGUGUGUACUGAAAUACGGUGUAAUGCUUGAGUCCAGGACUCACCUCCUAACCUUACAUCAUGUUAAAUUGGACCCAGGCUCUGUUUGACUUGGGUAAACAUGGGUUUGAAAUUCUAUGUGCCCUAGGUCUCAGGUCCGAGGUUUUAGGUUUAUAUUUGAAGAUGCUCAACUCAAAUUUAGCCUUGAUGACAAGGAUGGGGUGAUGGGGACUGGACUAAGACUCUUCUUUGGUGACUUACAUCCGGGCCACACUGGAUGUGUGUGGGAUACGUGACAGCUGCAUCUUCUUCAUGUUUUUUGUUCACACAGGGAGCGGGGAGCCCACACUUGUGUCUGGAAAACCAUGUGAUCUGCGCAGCAGGGUUAAUACGUUGAAUAAUGCAGAUUGAUUUGUUGCGUCUGUGCAGAGAACCUGCCACUGUGUUAAGUGGGAGGUUCUCUGUACAGAGAACUCCAUAGCCAAUUCUCUGUAUUUUACGUGCAGGUCAGGUCUGAAAAUGGCUGAGGACUACUGUAUUUCAUCUAGUAAAAGUAGACUAUUUACUCAACUUGAUACUAAGACUAAUCCAUUCAUCUUUCAGUCCUAAAAAAUAGAAGCUUGUUAAAAUAAGUUAAUGGAUUCUGUCAACAGAAAUGCUGUAAUGUUUCUUCUUCAAACAGUAAGAGGUAGUGUUGCAAAUAUUUAUAUUUUGAUAUUUUUGACAAAUAAUACGCGAUACCCACGCACCGCUCACACUUCCAGUGUGGUCCAAGUGAGCGACACUGGACUCGACUCAGAAAGCACUCCACUGCCCCUUGUCUCCUGUGACAUUUCUGUCGCCCAUGUUUGCAGUUCUUCUCACUAAACUUUCUCUUCAGGUUAUUGAAAGACUUGUCUUGCUCAAUAUCAUUGUGUGUUGUUGUUUUAAAAUUCCUCUCAGAAAUCUUGAUUCCCCUCUGUCUGCAAACAAUAAGAAGAAGUAAGUCCAACAAAUGAUGCUGGUGUAAAUAUUAUGCAUUUUAUAGUUGACUUUUGAGAUGUAAGGAUAACUUAAUUGAAAACCAAAAUAUAUAUUUUUUAUACAUUGUUUUAUUGUAUAAUUAUCAAACUUGAAAAUCCCUUUUAGAUGAGCUCCACCACCACAGCAUCCAUCUGCUCUCCUCACUACUUCCAGAUACCAGUGUGUACACCCAAUAUUUUAGCUUAUUUCUCUAUGUUUAUUAUCUUUAUCAUUUUAUUUAAUCACUGGAGAUUUGUCUUGAAUAUGAAGGUGCUGCUACAUCCACAAACCAGUAGGCUAUUACAUCAUGUAUUUUGACAAAUAUAUAAUAGGUGUUGGUGGCAUGUUCUUUUGUUUGAGAGUAUACUUUUGUUUGAGAGUACACUUUUUUUUUAGAGUAUACUUUUGUUUGAGAGUACACUUUUUUUUUAGAGUAUACUUUUGUUUGAGAGUACACUUUGAAGUAACACAUCUGCCUUUGUUUUUUAAAUUGCACAAUAGCAUCUUAAGGGAUGAAAGCAUCCCAGCAGUCAUUGUUGUAAUUUGUAAUUAAGAAGUUCAGUUGAUUUAUUCGUGUCUACUCCUCCUCUGAGCCUGCUCUACACAUUCAUGUAUCAGGGAGAGAUUUUCUGUGUUUCCAAGAAUGUCUUUCACCAUCUACACACUGUGCUGGAUCUGUCUCUACAGUUCGGGAUUUCUCCCUCUCUGUUUGCUGAACGACACCAGUGUGGAGGGGGAAACAUAAAUCAUGUUGUUUACAAUCAUGAUUAUUUGGCCCCCCUUCCUCCCAUAGCUGUGGUGGUGUUGUUACUGAUGAAUGCACAAGGUUCAUUUGUGAGUAAAUACACUCUGCAUGGAUUAAAAUAAUAGUUUUGCACUAUUAUGGUGACGUAAUAGCAAUAUGAAGUGAUUAUUUUUCCUGAGAAAAUGAUGUAGCUAAAAUUGUAUGACCAGACUGGGGUCUAAAUUGAGAAUGUCUCAGCACAAUUAAUCAAAUUAUUUUGGACUAAAGCAGAACAGAAUCCUUGUCGGGAUGAGUGUGUUGUCUUUGCAGAACAUAGCAUUGUCCUGUUUUGCCUCUGAUGGUUAAAUAUAGGAAUAAGAAGUCUUUUAUUAUAUGUUUUGUCACAUGAUCUACGUCCAUGAUUUCUAUUUAUUGCAAGAGAAUAAAAAUCAUUACACAGACACGACGGACGUCACAAUCUUUGUAAAAUCUUGUUAGAUUUAUGAUGUAUAUGCAUUGAGAACAGGACUCUGUAGCAUCACGGAUAUGGUUCAAGAAUGUUUUGCAAUAUUGAGUGACGAUGUGGAAGGAAUGAUAAUGGUCAUCAGUGAUUUGUUCUUGUUGCAAAUACAGUCUCUUAUUUCAUUUGG